UCGCCACAUUGUUGUAGAUAGCACCCUUCUGCCCCAACAGGACGCACAGACGGGUAGUCUAUCUGAGCCAUGGAUGCAGAUGAAAAACCCCUCAGCGACCAGGGAGUGCAGCUUCUGGACAUCAGCUCCAUGUCCCCCGCUGAAGAGCCCAAAGGUGAGGACACUGUCCAACUGGAGAAGCCGCCGUAUUCAUACAUCGCUCUAAUCGCAAUGGCAAUUAAGGACAGUCCGGACAAGAGAGAAACCCUGGGCGGGAUUUAUCAGUACAUUGUCAAAAAGUUUCCUUUUUAUGAGAAGAACAAAAAAGGCUGGCAAAAUAGUAUAAGACACAAUUUAUCUCUCAAUGAGUGUUUCGUCAAGGUGCCCAGAGAGAGCGGAGGGGACAGGAAGGGCAACUACUGGAUGCUGGACCCAGCGUUUGAAGACAUGUUUGAGAAGGGGAACUACCGACGUCGGAGGAGGGUAAGGAGACCCUACCGACCCUCGAAUAUAACUUACCUGACAGGGAACACCACGGAGUAUCCCGAAUCGCUCUACCUGCAGCCUUAUAUGGGCAAGUCCUGGGGUCUGUGUCAGCCCAGUUCGUCACAGCCGACGGGAUACCCAGCGCCCCAGUUAAUCUCGGGACACAUUCGCAGCGUAUCGCCCAGCGGCUCCUACUGCCCACCUCCCAACUUCCACUACCCUGCUGCUUACGGAGCGUACCAUUGCCACCAGCCGGUGCUGGUUCCACACAACGGAUAUCCUUACGGCGGAGUGACCCAGCCGGUGAGCCCAAACGGAGGAACUGUAUCUGUACCAUCUAACUACCAGCAGUUCACGUCUUAUGUAAGGCAGGUGGAGGCGCCACUGGGUUAUCUGCCAGACCAGUAAAGAUUUGAGAUACUCUGACCACAGACAGCCAGUUCACAGACUCAAAGUUCCUCUGUUUCACCAUUUCAGUUGUCAGUUGCUGUCAGUCGUUUGUCAGGUAAAGUUCGUUUGGGAGUUUAGUUUUAAUGAGUUAUAAAACUGUUCUGUUACAGCGUAUUUGUCUUUUUGUUGUUGUUGUUUGUUUUGUUUUAUUAUUAGAUUGAUUUAGCAUUUUGCUAUUUUCUCUCUAUUUGAUUAUGUGCUAUUAUUUAUUAUUUAUCUUUUGUUUCUUUGAGCUGCUACACCAGUUGGGACAGAAGCACUUACUCUUCAUUUUUAUUCGAUUCUAAAUGUUGAUUUGAUGUAAAGUACAUCACUUUUGUUCAAAUAAAAUGUUAUUUUUGCAUCAGA